GAGGGAGGCCGAGGACCCCGUGCUCCGGGCAGAGAAGCGGCGCUGGGAUUAGGGGUUGCCACUUCUGAGAGGAUGCUGGGAAUCUGCAGAGGGAGACGGAAAUUCCUGGCUGCCUCGCUGACCGUUCUCUGCAUCCCAGCCAUCACCUGGCUUUACCUGUUCGCCGGGAGCUUUGAAGAUGGGAAGCCCGUGUCCCUGUCGCCGCUGGAGUCGCAGCCGCACAGCCCCCGGUACGCGGCCGCCGGCCAGCGGGAGCGCGAGAGCCUGGAGGUGCGCGUGCGCGAGGUGGAGGAGGAGAACCGCGCGCUGCGCCGGCAGCUCAGCCUGGCGCAGGGCCGUGGCCCGGCGCACCGCCACGGCAACCACUCCAAGAGCUACUCGGUGGAGGAGGGAACCGGGGACAGCGAGAACCUCCGCGCCGGCAUCGUGGCGGGCAACAGCUCCGAGUGCGGGCAGCAGCCAGUUGUGGAGAAGUGUGAGACAAUCCACGUUGCUAUCGUCUGCGCCGGGUAUAACGCCAGCCGUGACGUUGUCACCUUGGUCAAGUCCGUUCUCUUUCACAGGCGGAACCCCCUGCACUUCCACCUCAUCGCCGACUCCAUUGCAGAGCAGAUCCUGGCAACGCUCUUCCAGACCUGGAUGGUGCCCGCCGUGCGUGUGGACUUCUACAAUGCAGAUGAGCUCAAGUCUGAAGUGUCCUGGAUCCCCAACAAACACUACUCUGGCAUUUAUGGUCUGAUGAAGCUCGUCCUGACCAAGACUCUUCCCGCCAACCUGGAGAGGGUCAUUGUCCUUGACACGGAUAUCACCUUUGCGACCGACAUUGCAGAGCUAUGGGCCGUGUUCCACAAAUUCAAAGGUCAGCAGGUCCUGGGCUUGGUCGAGAACCAGAGUGACUGGUACCUGGGAAACCUGUGGAAAAAUCACCGCCCUUGGCCUGCCCUCGGAAGGGGCUACAACACAGGAGUGAUCCUGCUGCUUCUGGAUAAACUACGGAAGAUGAAAUGGGAGCAGAUGUGGAGGCUGACUGCAGAGAGGGAGCUGAUGGGCAUGCUUUCCACCUCCUUAGCUGACCAGGAUAUUUUCAAUGCCGUCAUCAAACAGAACCCCUUCCUCGUGUAUCAGCUCCCCUGCUUCUGGAAUGUGCAGCUGUCGGACCACACCCGCUCUGAGCAAUGCUACAGGGACGUGUCUGAUCUGAAGGUCAUCCACUGGAACUCCCCCAAGAAGCUGCGGGUGAAGAACAAGCACGUGGAGUUUUUCCGCAACCUCUACCUGACCUUCCUGGAGUACGACGGCAACCUCCUGAGGCGAGAGCUCUUUGGCUGCCCCAGUGAAGCUGAUGUCAACAGUGAAAACCUCCAGAAGCAGCUCUCUGAGCUCGAUGAGGAUGACCUGUGUUAUGAGUUCCGGCGAGAGCGGUUCACUGUCCACCGAACCCACCUGUACUUCUUGCACUAUGAGUAUGAGCCCGUUUCGGACAACACGGAUGUCACCCUGGUCGCUCAACUCUCCAUGGACAGGCUCCAGAUGCUCGAGGCCAUCUGCAAGCACUGGGAGGGACCCAUCAGCCUGGCCCUCUACCUGUCGGACGCCGAAGCCCAGCAGUUCCUCCGCUACGCGCAGGGCUCCGAGGUGCUCAUGAGCCGCCACAACGUGGCCUACCACAUCGUGUACAAGGAGGGCCAGUUCUACCCUGUGAACCUGCUACGCAACGUGGCCAUGAAGCACGUGGGCACGCCCUACAUGUUCCUGUCUGACAUCGACUUCCUGCCCAUGUAUGGGCUCUAUGAGUACCUCAGGAAGUCUGUCAUCCAGCUCGACCUUGCCAACACCAAGAAGGCGAUGAUCGUCCCUGCAUUCGAGACACUGCGCUACCGGCUGUCUUUCCCCAAGUCGAAAGCGGAGUUGCUGUCAAUGCUGGACAUGGGGACUCUCUUCACAUUCAGGUACCACGUCUGGACAAAAGGCCACGCUCCCACAAACUUUGCCAAGUGGCGGACUGCCACCACGCCUUACCGUGUUGAGUGGGAGGCCGAUUUCGAGCCGUAUGUUGUCGUGAGAAGGGACUGCCCUGAGUACGACCGGAGGUUUGUGGGCUUUGGCUGGAACAAGGUGGCUCAUAUCAUGGAAUUGGAUGCACAGGAAUAUGAAUUCAUCGUGCUGCCCAAUGCCUACAUGAUCCACAUGCCUCAUGCCCCCAGCUUCGACAUCACCAAGUUCCGGUCCAACAAGCAAUACCGCAUCUGUCUCAAAACCCUGAAGGAGGAAUUUCAGCAGGACAUGUCCCGCCGCUACGGCUUUGCCGCCCUCAAGUAUCUCACGGCUGAGAACAACAGCUAACACCAGGAAGCCCACCACUAGGGAGAGAGACCUAUUCUGCAGGGGGAAUGCCACUUGCCGUUUGGGGUCCAGCCUUCAAACUCAAAAUUGAGCAAUGCUUUUUUGGUUUGUUUUUACUUGGCUCUUUGGCCCAACAAAGCCGCCCACACUACAGAGAUCUGGGACAAGGAUCCGGCCAGCGCCUCUCUGCUCCACAAUUUGGCUCUCCCAGAAUGUGGAAGAACAGCUCGUCGACACAGUCUCUUCAAGGAUGGGACACAGAGGAGUCAGAGGGAGCAAAGGGGUUAUCCGACCACAAAGCCGCAAAACCAAGCAGGUCUUUAGGACGUUCUCAUUGCUUUUUAAGAAAGGGAAGUCAGGGUGCUGGGGGUUAGCCAUCCCAGGAAAUAAAAGCAAAACUGUCUCUUCAUUCAGAGGAAACUUUCUUUUUUUGUCCUGCAAUCUAGCUGUGUAUCCAAGGUGGGAGGCAAACCAAUGAUCUGAACCAACCAUUUGGAAAAACCCAAUGAGGAUAUUAUACCAGGUGGGACCUGGAGGUGGGGGCCGGUUGGUUCCUUAUCCUCAAGGACACUCUUGUUUUGCUUUGAUUUGUUUUUGUUUAGGGGGAUUUUGUUUGUUUGUUUGUUUUUGGUCUGGGAAUCCAAAAUAGAAAACCUGAUCAUUUAAGGCUCUGAAGGAGAAUCCGCUGCCCCAUCCAGCAUGCCCCCGCCAUCAGUGGCCCAGCAAGGAGUACGAGAGUCUUCAGCCAAUAUUUAAACAUGGGCAGCCUUCUUCAGGAUUAUCCCUGAGGCCCCCAUGACCUUGACUCCCCUACUCUCCAGAAUCCAGGGGCUAAGACGGAGACGGUAGAAAUACGAAGACCGUCACAUUUGCUAUUGGCUGUGACUGGUUCAUGGGGAAAGGGCUCAGAAGGGACUGUUGUGGUGCACACGGAAGGUACAGACCUCUCAGGCCUUUAGAAGAACUGCAGUAGUUCACACAAGCUUGUAGUUCACACAGAUUCUGAAGAUCCACGUGUCUGUCUGGAGACCAUCAGGAAGAACGUGUUGGGUUCCUCUGUGUCCGUGCCGCUUCCCUGUGGCUGGGACGAGGUCACGGCCUCAGGCUCCCUCUGGGACCUGUGCAGAGGGUAGGCAAGCACCUUUACCAUUACAUGGAUUGAGGAGACACUGGACUUUUUACCCAUUUUCUUGAGUCUUCAAUAUUAAUGUUGUGUUUACAUUGAUGAGAACAAGAGUCCACGCCCUACUCUCGGUGGGGCUGUUUGUAUUGAGUUGCAAUGUGACCAGCGAACGCUGCAUUCAAUAAACGAAAGUACGGACUAUU